AAACUUGUUCCCCUCUCUCAGUUUCAUCCUUUUCGUUUUACCACCAAAAGUUUCAAAUUCUCUCUCCGCCUAGCUCACUCACCGGAGCUCUCCCCAUACGCCGCCGUUUUCCGAUCUCAAGUCUUAAACCAAGGGAAACGUUUGAUUCUCAAGCAUGGGAGACAGUGAGACAGUCGUUGCUCAGACAAAUGAAGUGAUGGGAUAUGCAUCAGCAGCCUAUACUACGACAGAUUAUUCUGAUCCCAGCUCAAAUAUCACUCAGGAGGGAAUUUCUGCUCCUGUAAGUGGUUCUAAUGCUGGUGAUGGAAACACAUAUUCUGUUGAUUCUGAUUCCGUCAUGCAAGAAGCACCUUCAUAUGCAACAUAUGAGGCUCAACCAGCUGCUGCUCAUGCUGGUGGCAAUGUUUCUAGUAGUGAACAUGAAAUCAUGGCAUCACAAACUGCCGUUUAUGAUUCUUCUGCUAAUGGUAUUGUUUCAUCAGCUGAAAAUGGAGAUGCUUCAGAUAACAAGGCUGGAUCUGUAGAUACACCACUUGUGGAUGGUUCUGCUAAGUCUGCAGAAGAAGAUAGACUGUGGAACAUUGUGAGAGCCAAUUCUCUAGAUUUUAAUGCUUGGACUGCCUUAAUUGAAGAGACAGAGAAGGUUGCAGAGAUUAACAUUCUGAAAAUUCGUAAAGUUUAUGAUGCUUUCCUAGCGGAGUUUCCUUUGUGUUAUGGAUAUUGGAAAAAGUAUGCAGAUCAUGAAGCACUUUUCGGUGUUAUUGAUAAAGUUGUGGAGGUUUAUGAAAGAGCAGUUCAAGCCGUUACUUAUUCAGUUGACAUUUGGUUGCAUUACUGCACAUUUGCCACAACUACAUUUGGAGAUCCCGACACUAUUAGAAGGCUUUUUGAGAGAGGAUUAGCGUAUGUUGGAACAGAUUACUUGUCCUUUCCUCUUUGGGACCGGUACAUUGAUUAUGAAUUUACGCAGCAAGCAUGGGGACAGCUGGUCGUGAUCUACUCACGAAUAUUAGAGAAUCCAAACCAACAGCUGGAUCGAUAUCUAAAUAGCUUUAAGGAAUUAGCUGGAAGUCGGCCUCUCUCAGAAUUAAGAACUGCUGAAGAAGCUGCUACAGCAGCAGCAGCAGCAAGUGCAGCUUCAGAGGACUGUGUACAAGCAAAUGGGGAAGAGGCCAAACCUGAUGGCGCAGAACCAUCUUCUGCCAUCUUAACAGAAGCAGAGGAGCUGGAGAAGUUUAUCGCCAUUCGAGAAGAAAUGUAUAAGACAACCAAAGAGUUCGAAUCUAAGAUAAUUGGUUUUGAGACAAGUAUUAGGAGGCCUUACUUUCACGUGAGGCCCCUUAGUGCUCCAGAGCUUGAAAAUUGGAACAACUAUCUAGACUUUAUUGAACGAGACGGUGACUUUAACAGGGUGGUCAAGUUAUAUGAAAGAUGCCUGAUUGCUUGUGCUAAUUAUCCUGAGUACUGGAGUCGUUAUGUCCUAAGUAUGGAAGCAAGUGGAAGUUUGGAUCUUGCCAAUAAUGCUCUUGAUCGUGCAACGCAGGUCUUUGUGAAGAGACAACCAGAGAUUCAUCUUUUUGCAGCUCGCUUCAAAGAGCAAAGUGGAGACAUUCCUGGUGCUCAGGCUGCCUAUCAACUCGUGCAUUCUGAAAUCUCACCUGGUCUUCUUGAAGCAAUCAUUAAGCAUGCAAACAUGGAACGCCGUAUGGGAAAUAUGGAAGCCGCGUACUCCUUGUUUGAACAGACCAUUGCCAUCGAAAAAGGAAAGGAGCAUUCUCAGACCUUACCUGUGCUGUUUGCUCAAUAUGCUCGGUUCACUUACUUGGUAACUUUGAAUGCCGAAAAAGCCAGAGCAAUCUAUCUUGAAGCGGUUGAGCAUGUUCAAUUGUCAAAAGCAUUCCUUGAGGCUCUAAUACAUUUCGAGUCAAUACAUUCGUUGCCAAAGCAAAUUGAUUUUGUGGAUUCCUUGGUUGUGAAGUUUGUGGAACCCAAUGUAGAGAACCCCAGUUAUGCGAGUGUUGCUGACAGGGAAGAGUUGUCUUGCAUCUACUUGGAGUUUCUAAAUCUCUUUGGAGAAGCACAGUCAAUCAAGAAGGCUGAGGAUCGGCAUGCUAAGCUCUUUUCACUUCAUAGGAGCAGCACAUCAGAGUUGAAAAAACGACAAGCUGAAGAUUACCUAUCUUCUGACAAAGCAAAGAUGGCAAAAUCCUACUCUGGUGUUCCUUCACCUGCGCAGUCUAUUAUGGGAGCAUAUCCAAAUGUACAGAACCAGUGGGCAGCUGGUUAUGGUGUGCAGCCUCAAGCUUGGCCACAAGCUACACAAGCACAGGGACAACAGUGGACCCCUGGUUAUACCCAACAGGCAUACAAUGCAUAUGGUGGUUAUCAGCAAGUACCUGCAGCGGCGCCACAGACUGCUGCAUAUCCUGCUACAUAUCCUGCUGCUUAUUCUGCACAGCCGGCGGCUUAUCCGCCACAAAGUUAUGCACAGCCAGCACAAGCACCAGCUGCUGCUGCAGUAGCAGCUGUAGCUCCAGCUCAGCAACCUCCUCCGGCUCAACAGGCGUAUUAUGGGAACUACUACCAAUAAUUGAGGUUGCAGGACUAGUCCCGCUAUGUUUUCCCUAUGUAAUCUAAUUUUUGCCUUUUGAACUCAGGUUUCUCUUCGGGUACAUGUACUUGUAGCUAACAAAUAUCUUGGUUUUGAUCAGUUGGCUUUAGUUUCCAGUGACACAUGUAUUGUUUUUCUUCCUAAUGUUAUAGUAUUCGUGGUUUCGUGGA